GUUCCGUUGCUAAUUUUAGAUUAAAGUCGAACAUCUUAUUUGACAGACUAUAUAUUUUAACUUUAUUUAGCUUAUAUUUGUAAUAUUCCUAUGCCUUUUGCUCUAAAUAUGUUGUUGAAUAAAACUCUGACACAAUCUUUUUCUUGUUAGAUGUUGUGCUGCACCCUUUCUUCCUGCAGUGCAGCAUUAGACAACUAAUAUAGUUUAUUUCUUUAAGCCCAUUUUUAUUUUGUUACAUUUUCUUGGUUUUUUCAAUCCGUAUUUUUACAUGUAAAUGUUUUAAUGCGCUUCUGUUGAGUAACUAUGCGGUGGGUACGCACGAUUUGUCAGCCGGCGAGGCAGGAACUAGGCUUGCCGGAUGGUUGUAGUUUGCUGACAAUUUCAAAUUCCGCUUCAACUGGGGAAUACGCAUAGCCGUUCAAGAUGUGCCGAUGUCGGCUUCAUUUUCAAUACAUUUUUAUCUGUCACCUUUUUAAUUAGUAAAAACAAAUGGACAUAUAUUCUCUGCACGUUUUCCCUCCAUUUAAGAAACUCCUUUAACUCCGCUCCAAUCAUCACCCUGGCUGAUUGUGAAGGAUUCGACCCAAUGUGUUGGCUAAAUAAAUAAAUAAACGUCACCUCCGCCAUUCAGACAGCAUACCGGAAGUUGACUUUUUCGAGAUUUUUCGCGUUAAAAAUAUCCUUAAACGUGUGUCAAGGUGUUUCGAUGCGGCUUCACAGAAGAGAUGCCACGGUACUGCGCAGAAAAGCUUUGCCGAAACCGUGGGGGGACUUCAUCAAAACAAGACAAGAAAAUCAGCUUUUAUCCUUUUCCCUUGCAGGACAGGCCCAGGCUCCAAAAAUGGGUGAACAACAUGAGGCGGGAGGAGUGGACCCCAAGUCGGCAUCAGUAUCUCUGCAGCGAGCACUUCACAGAGGACUGCUUUGAUAUUCGCUGGGGUAUCCGAUAUCUGAGGAAUACAGCUAUUCCCACCCUUUUCCCCUCUGUUGAGAAUGAAUGUGAGAACAAGGUUACCCUUCAGAGAAGUCCUGAAGCCACAUCCCUGUCACAAGCCGAGGACUUUGAGUGUGAUACCAGUAGGAUGCCUCUAAUUUUGAGGAAAAUGCGCCUACCUGUUAAAGAACAGUCCACGAUGCUGCUCAAAGUCCCUCUCUUCCAAGAAUCAAGGAUCACUUCUCAGUCAAGUCUACCUGAGACGCACACUACUGUCUGCGAGGUAACGGAUGACAGUGGAGUUUCAGCAGUGCCCUGCCUCACACCGCCGGCGUGCUCUGAAGAGCAAACUGACUCGAUUGUGACCGUGUUGUGCUGCGAGGCACCUGGCCCCUUCUCCGGCGAUGAGGAACAUGCACCUUGCGCUUCGUUUGCAGCAGACCAGAGUCAGACUUUUCGUUUUGUGCCUGUGGAAUUGAUUAGCGACAGAUCUCUGGGGAGUUUUGCAGAGGAGGCCGAGGCCGAGCCCGGCGACAGAGAGCACGUUUUGGUUCACGAGCACUCGUACUGCAGAGCGGACACCGACAAGGACGAGUUGUGGAGUAAGAUCCUGAGUCUGCACGCAAAGAUCCUGGAACUGGACCGUAGAGAGGAGAGCACUGUGGCUAAAAUCCAAACUUUAGAAAAUGAGAUUGCACUCCUGAGGAGGGAUGGGGCAGUUUUUAAAGAGAAGCAAAAGAUUUUAGAAGAUUAUAUAUCAUCUGUUUUACUCUGAUCUUUAGACAUUUGACUUGUGAUUUUAUAUCCUUUUCUGUAGCAAAUUUUGGUCAGUCAAUUGUUCGUCUUGGGUGAAACACAUGCUGCUAUAGGUGCAGGUCUGAUCAUAUCCAUGUGGUGGCACUGUGGUCAUUUUCAUUGCUUAACCGCUGUACAGGCCUAUUGAACAAAUUAGAAUAUUUUUGAAAAGUUCAUUUAUUUCAAGAACAUUAUUGCUUAGUAAAACAUUAUAUAA